AGAGACAGGGAUAAGGGGCAGCUGGGGCACCAUUUGCUUCCCCCACGGACUCCCUGGAGCCCCCCGCCGGGCACCAUGAACCGGAUCACGGUGUACGAGCACGCCAACUUCGAGGGGCUGAGCCGGGAGUUCACUUGCGACGUGCCCGACCUGCACGAGCUGGAUUUCGGGAACUGCAUCUCCUCUCUGAAGGUGGUGGGGCAGCCCUGGAUCGCCUACACAGACCCCAAGUACGAGGGGCAGCCGCACGCCUUCGAGGAGGGUGAGUACCCCUCCAUAGAGCGACCCAACAGCUUCUCAGCGCUGCGCCUUGUGCACCACGACCUGGGGGACCCCCAGAUCACCCUCUAUGAACACCCCAACUUCCAAGGUGCCUGCAAGGUGGUGACGGAGGAGACCAACUUGGCGUACGGGUACUUCAAUGACCGGGUGGCAUCUCACGUGGUGCAGCGAGGGGUCUGGCUGCUCUACCAGCACCCCGGCCGUGGCGGCUGGCACUGCCUGGCGUGGCCCGGUGAGCGUCUCGCUGACUACAAACCGGAGCUGAACUUCCAGUCUCGGCUGUCCCAUCUGCGCCCGCUGCGGCCGGGGCGGCCCCGGGUGUCCGCGCGUCUCCUCUGGAAGGAGAAGCGGGUAGAGGAUGAGCGGGAGGUGCUGGUGGAUGAGGUGGAGGGGGUGAACGAGACGGAGUCGGAGCAAGCGCUGGCGGCCAGCAGCAGCCGGGAGUACGGCACCACGCUCUGGCAGAGCUUUCACUUCAGCAACGCCACCAGCCUCAAAGCCGGGCUGUCCUUCACGCUCACCGUGGAAGCCUCCAACAUCUUCACGGUGCAGAAAGGACACAGCGAGUCCAGCACCCGCCGGGAGCGGGUGGAAGUGCAGCUCCCGGCCAAGAUCCCCCCGCGCACGGCGCUCAGCAUCCAGGUCUUGCGGAAGGAGGUGACGCUGUCGGUGCCGGUCCUGCUCACCAUCACCCAGAAUGAAACCGUGCGUACGGAGAUGGGCGAGUACCGCAGCGUCUCCGGUACCAACAUCAGUGCCCGCUAUAGCUUGAAGCCUCUGCCGGCGGCAGGCAAGGAGCAGGCAGCCGCUAAGGGGACAGAGCUGGUGCCGGGCACCGGGAUGGAGCUGUAGCUGGGUGGGAUCCCUGGAGACGC